AUGCUGCUGGACAAAGGCGCCAACGUCAAUGCGCAGGGUGGACGCUACGGAACCGUUGCAAACGGUUUUGCUUUCAAAGGGCACACAGACCUUCUGCGCUUCAUCGUUGAUCACAACAAUGUUAACCUACAUCUAGCAGACACUCAUGGGAGAACGACUUUGAUUCUUGCCGCAAGGGGUGGACAUAUAGAGACCUUCAAGUACCUCGUAAGCCAGGGCAUGGAUUUCACUACGUCAGAUGCGAAAGGGGACAACCUGAUUAGUUUUGCGUCGUCGGGAGGCUCUCUGGCGGUCCUUAACCUAUUACUGGAGCAGAAACCUGAACUCGCUUCUCGACAAGGGCGUUGGAGUCCUCUCCAUUGGGCUUGCAAGGCAGGAAAAGCCGAGGUUGUGGAGCUACUAAUUGCUCGAGGGUGGAAAAGCGAGCGCUUCACUGUUGCUGAGUUGCAAGGCGACUGGACACCUCUUGCGAUUGCGGUUUUCCACGGGCAUAGGGGUAUGGUAGCAAGCUUGUCUGAACACUGCCAAGCUGCGCUUGGUGUUGGAGAUAUAAGUGCUUACAUCACAGGCGGUACACAUGGUGGUGCUUGGUGCGACGGAUGCUUCCACGAUCUCUAUGGGCCACGCUUCCGCUGUCGUACCUGCCUUAAUUUUGAUUACUGUUUCAUGUGCAAAUCCCCUCUGGAACAUUUGCAUGAGAAUCACGAUUGGGACCGUAUUGAGCCUCCUGUUUAG